CAGGUGACUGAGCCGAAGGUGGGCGAGUGGUUACGCGAAUCGAAAGCUACAUAUUCUUUGAAAAUGGUUAUUGUAUUUAUUAUGACCAAUUCCAGGUUUGAAAUGACUGUGGGCACGCCCAUUAGUGCUGUGUUAACCAACAUAUACUUGGAGUAUUUGAAGGCUGAAGUGUUACAGAUUAUCAUCCCUGCCAGUGACUUCUGGACGAGGUCUUGGCUGGUGCCGGCGUUAGUGUUCUUGAUCAUGGUCGCGACCGUCACUUCCCAGUUUCAAGCAAGCAAACACGACAUCUCUAAGAUCUGCAAGAGGAUGAGGAUCAACUGCUCCUUCAGGAUCCCUCAUAUAUGUUGUGUUUUUGGAAGAAGUCCCCAGGUGACCUACGGUAAAUCCUCUGCAAGCCAACGUUGACCGACCUUUGACUAAGCGUUUGCUGGACACCACCAGGAUGAUGCAUUUUUAGGCAUUAAUUUGUGGGGAGAUGUAUGCCCAUAAAAGUCCUAUCAGCAAGCCCUUGUGUUCAUUAUUGCUUAUAAGUAAUCGUACGCACCUGCGUGUAUAACUCUAUCAAGUAAGCUAUUUUUAUAUGAAAGCUCUAUCGUUCUCUCCCUGGAAUAUGAAAGAUCAUGGGAAUGAGUCUUGAAAUCUGCUCUCUUUCGUUGCCCAGCGGUGAGAGUAGCCACUCUCAUUGCUGAGGUCCAGGUAACAAACCCUGGAGAUUAACAUAAAAAAUUUAGAGGCCUGGGUAGCCGAGACGGUAGACAGACUCACUUUCAAU